UGAAAAUCGUGCGACUUCCGCCGUGAGUGAGAUAUGGCCACGUCUAGACUGGAGAUAAAUUUCAUACGAUUAUUAUCCCGCUGCGAGUCUCUGGCUUCAGAGAAAAGAGGCGAGACUGAAUGGAGACUAGAGAAGUAUGUUGGAGCUCUGGACGAGAUGCUCGUGGCCCUUAAAAAAAAUUCCAGCAAACCAACAGCGGAAAUAUUAACGGACUACACCCGCAAAGUGGACUUCCUAAAAGGCCUUUUAGAAGCAGAAAAACUGCCAUCGCCAGCAGAGAAGUCUUUAGCCAAUCAGUUUCUGGCUCCUGGACGAACGCCUACGAUAUCCAGCGAGAGAACGGCAGUCAGUAAAACGGUGCACAUACAGAGUAAAGCGCGCUGUGUGGAAGAGAUGAGAAAAGAAUUGAUGAGCACAGGGCCGUCAAAUUCCGGUGCAUUUGAGACUGAUCUCAGACACAGGAAGAGUAUUCCGGUAGACGAGCGGCAGUCGGCAACAGAGCUGGACGCAAUUCUUCAACACCACAAUAAUUUGCAGGAGAAACUGGCCGAGGACAUGCUAAACCUCGCUCGCAACCUUAAAAACAACACGCUCGCAGCCCAGAACAUUAUUAAACAAGACAACCAGACCCUCAGUCAGUCCAUGCGUCAGGCCGACGUGAACUUCGAGAAGCUGAAAACGGAGUCCGAACGCCUGGAACAGCACGCCAAGAAAUCCGUCAACUGGUUCCUGUGGCUGAUGCUUAUAGUCGUCUCAUUCACGUUUAUCAGCAUGAUCCUAUUUAUAAGGCUCUUCCCAAGACUUAGAUGAUGUUGUAUGUCAUUAGAACAAGCUAGAAUUAAUUUAUCUAUUAGGUUUACAUGUGUAGAUGCUUGCCAAGAUGUAUUUUUUUUUGUCUAGUAAACUUUUAAUUAAAUUAAGUUCAGGUCUUACACAAGAAAUUGACAUUGUUACUGCACCUGCGUGCUAUUGUGAUGUCAUAAUGAUGCAUUGUGAUGCUUUACACCUCCUGAAAUCUCAAUUCAUAUCUACCUGUGUUCAGUCAAGAUGAGCUCAAUCGACAGUAUUUGUGGCAUAAUAUUGAUUACCGCAAAAAUGUAUUUGGACUCGUCCUACCUUUAAAUAAAGCACAAAUCUGAGUUAC